ACACCAGGAGUGAUCCCAAUGCCGACGAGUUUCCUUGGCAGCGCCCUUCGGGGCACCUUCUUCCUCAUCUUUGGUCUCUGGUGGUCGGUGCGAUACCCCCUGAAGUAUCUCAGAAGGAAAACAAAUGCUGAGAACCAGCCAAGCUAUGGGCUCCGGCGCGUGGAAGUCUUUGAAGGGGCAGUCAAAGCUUUCUUUGCCCUGGCAGGGAUCCUGGUGGAGCAGUUUGUCCCCUCUGGUCCCCACCUGAUGCUGUACAGCCCCAAGACGCACAGCUGGACGGACCUCACGCAUUGGCACUACACCACCAUGUACCUCUUCUUCCUCCUCUCUGGCAUCGUGGAUGUGGUCUCACACUCACCACUCAAACUGCCAUUGGGUUUAGACCGGCUCUCGCUGUCUGUGGCCCUGUUCAUGGAAGGUUUGCUCUUCUGCUUCCAUAACUUUGGUGAUGCUACACUGGACCAGCACCUCCACUCCCUGUUGGCCUUCGCUAUUUUUGCUGGAGCCCUCUGUGUCCUCCUGGAGGUGUUUCUCAGAGAUCACAUCAUCCUGGAGUGCCUCAGGACCAGCACAUUCCUUCUACAGGGCUCCUGGCUCUGGCAGAUCGGGUUUGUGCUGUCCCCUCCCUGGGGAGGACCGGGCUGGGACCAGACUGACAGCAGCAAUUUCUCAUUCCUCACCAUGUGCUUCUGCUGGCACUACGCAGGAGCCCUCAUCGCCCUGGCAGCCAACGCGGCCGUGUCACGCUGCUGCAACGAGUCCUGCCAGCUGCGAUUCGGGGACAUCGAUGUGGAGUUGGACUGCGGCCUGUGCGUCCGCAAGAAGGGCUCUGGUGGGGCACUGCUCCCCGAGGGCGACCCUGAGGAGAAGUGAGGCUGCACUGGGCAGUGGCGGCUCCUCCUGCUGCUCUGGGGAUCUUGAGAUGAACUCUGGAGUUCUGUUUGGUUAAACUGGAAGCAGCGGAA